UAAACCGUUUCUGAACUCAGAACCCGUGGAUCACAGAAAACCGCUUUACUACAGAUGCCAAAUGAACAUCUGGUUUAUCAUUUCCAUGUCAUGAGAAACGAUUCUGCUACAUAAUUGCGAUUAUCUGCAGAAACAAAGUGACAAUGAGCGUUUCUGUUGGGAACACCAUUACAUAAUCUGGGAUUCAUCGAAUAGUGCGACAAGUUUAAGUCCAUAAAGAUGUCCAAAAUUGAUCGUCUGAAUGCCCGAGUGGGAAAACUGCUGUUUAAAGCAGUGCAGGAGGUUCUGGAGGUGGUGAAGGAGACAGUGUCGGAGUACCAGGAGAAAACUGCCCGAACCCAGAGGGAGAACCAGAGUCUGAAGAGGAGACUGCUGGAGCUCCAGGAGAAGUUACAACUGGAUAGCAAUGGAAUUGUGCCACAAAAUUCCUCUUCAUCCGUCAAGGCGGAAUUGCAUCCCACAGAGCAGAAACAGAAUGAAGAGCUGGAAGAGGGUAUUGAACUCGCCCCCUCUGAUAAGGACAUUCCAGUAAUUUGUCCCUCAAAUCCAUAUGAAGACCUGGACUGUGAGGCAUCCAUCAUACCAUUAGCUACCCCCUGUCUCUCCCCUAAAUGUACAACAGGACUACUAGGGGAUGAGGAUUAUUUACACGACUCAAAGACUCUUAAAACCGAGGCUGAUCAUAGACUGUCAACACCCAUUUCAAACCAAGAAGAGCCCAUAAUUGCGGUUACAAUAACUGAAAAUGAUAACAUGAAAGUAGAAUCUACAUUAAAUGAAGUCGCCAUGCACACCACAAAUUACUUUCAUGAUGAUGCUAGUAGAGGCAUUACAUCCUUCAGCAGGAUAAACCCAGAACCUCCUGAAGCCAAUACAGGGCCCCAUAUUGAGCCAGAUGUUUUCAGUCUGGACCAAAAUGGCACAGAGCCACUGUCUCAAAGAUACAACAAAGCAAACAGUGCUGGAGCAGUAAAACAAUACACUACUCAAACAAACAUGAAAGCGUGUGGUUCAGACUCAAAUACAUUUGAGAGGAACGCAAGAAAACACUACUGCUGCUCUCUGUGUGGUCGCACCUUCAGGCAUGCAGGCGACUACAAGAAACACAACCGGGUCCACACGGGGGAGAAGCCGUACUGCUGCUCCGUGUGCGGGAAGCGCUUCAGCCAGUCGGGCUACCUGACGGUGCACCUGCGCUACCAUACAGGAGAGAAGCCGUUCGGCUGCAGUCAUUGUGGCAAAAGUUUUAGUCAUUCAAGUAACAUGAAAAAACAUCAGCAGACUCAUCUGUGAGUCAGCUGUGUUUUCAGUAGCUGAUGUAUCCAUAAUUUUUCAAUUGAUGUUAUUUAUAUUUAGGGAUGAACACUGAAAAUGGCUAUAAACUACAAAUUGAAGUAUUUGGAGUCUCAAGUAAAGUCAAUUUUUAUCAGUGGGGCGUAUUGCAACCCUAUUUAAAAAAUAAUGCAGCUGCAGAGUGUCACAUGGAAAACUUAGAGCACAUGUCAGCUUUCAGAGUCUGGAGCACAAUUUGACAUUUCCCAUUGUUACUAUUGCCUGUCAGUCUUUCAGAGAUUGUGUUUACUGUGGUACACAUCUACUGUGGAUAUGCACAUGCAAAUUUACAGAUUGAAUAAAUGUGUUUGGUACUUCUGUAUGGUAAAUUGUUCUGCUUUGCCUGCAAGAUUUCUAUAGAUCGAUCAUGUAUAAACUGAUUCCCCAAACCAAA